UUACUAAAAUAAAAAUAUUCAGAAAUGAUCAACAGAACUGUUAAAAAGUGAUUCUUAAUCUUAUUUCGAAUAAAGUAUUGAUGACAGCGGAUUAAUUAUCAGUGAUUAUCACAAAAAUUAAGGUUAUCAGCAAGAAUAUUAAUAAGUGUGAUCAACAGGAAGAUUAUUAACUAAUGCUUAUAUAAAUAAUAAAUAAUUACCAAUGAAAUAAUUAGUGAAUAAAUAGGAAGAGAUCUAUUAAUAAAUAACAAUGAUAUUUAAACUCAAAUAUGAUCAAUAUCAACAAUCAAUGAUCAGUAGUUUCAGAAUAGUUAAUUAUCGACGAACACACUUGAGCUAUUAAAGGGUUAUUAUCGGUAGGAUCGAUAUUGAGUGUUUAUCAUGUCACAGCUAUAUUAAUGACAGAUAAUCAUACUCGAGCUUAUGUACGCAUAUACUAAAUAAUAUGUAAAAAUGGUACUUAAGCUUAUCAAUAAAUAAUUAUUAGUAACAUGAUUAAUAAAACAAUUUAAAAGUCAUUCAUAAAAUAAGUCAAACCUAAUUCAAUCAAUACGAAAACUGUGACUAAUUAAUAAAAUCUUGAAAAUUUAGAUUUUACGAGAUUUUGAAAAACGGUCGAACUAGUAAGAUCAUGUGAUACAAAUCGACAUUUAGUAUGUUUGUUUGUUAGGGAGAAAAGAAGAAACGAGAAAUUAAUAAACAAUCAUUACAGAAAUCCUCUGAAGAUGAAGGUAUAAUCAAUCCAAAACUUUUUCGAACGGAAAAUCCGGUCUUAGUUGCAGUGAUCAAAGAAGCUUCGUGAGUGUAAUCGUUCGAAGACAACAAACUGUACCUUUUUCUUUCAUUUGAAGAAGAUAAAGUGGAUUCAUUCGUGGAGAAACACGCGUAUUAAUGAAUGGCUAUCGUGAAGAUAUCCAAGUCGAGCAAAAGACAAUCAGCCAAGAAUUUUUUAAAUAUUAAAAUUGAUUUAACUUGUGAGACCGUCAAAGAAUCCUUGAAUAAUUAAAAGUUUCUUUUUUCUUAUUAAAAAGACUACAAUACAACAUGGAAAAAUUAAUGUUUGUAAUUAAGAAGUUUUCGUUUUCGAAAUAUUAACAUAAAUAAUGUGUUUCAUAGCUCUUCUUCAAAGUAAAACGUAAUCCACUGAUGAGCUUUAAAGUCAAAUAUAAAUUUGCAAAUUAAUUUAAUAAAAAUUUCUAAAAAUUGUUUGACUCGUUAAAGUGCAAAGAAUGACCAACGGGUAAAAUUGGGUGACUUAAAUCGGUGAUUGGCGUGUUCAUGGACAAUAUUGAAGCGUAAAGGUCUUUUUUCGGGGAAGACAGAAUGACUCAUCGAUGAAUAAGAGACAUCGAUAUUUGGAAUUUUCAAGAUUACGAAUUUACGUAAGAAGAAAAUUGUUAGACGCAAGUUUCUCAACAAUUCUAUCCCGUCGUGGAUGGACGAAGUUAUGAUCGACGUUACGGAAAUGACGCGAAGUACAUUUCAUCUCGCGUGCUCACGAAAACAGACACGCGAUUCGCAAUGGUAGUGAAAGUGCUAGGUAACGCGAUGAUAAAGUUCCGACGCAGCGCGACCAACGAGAAGACUAACGACAGUUUGCAGAGUUCCGUCGAAGUCGCUACGACAGAGGAUUCGGAUGGCAAAGCGGCUCGCAGUUUGUCGUAAAACAGCGAUACAUCGUAAAAGCAUCUACGCCGAACUAUCUAGGCGACACAGCCGAUAGAACCGAUUCGAUUCUCUCCACAAACGAAACACGAUAGAAGAUAACGCACAAAACGAGAUAAAUUGGAUACGGCGGAGGUCGACGUAAUGAUACCAGGACUUAUUCGGAGAUCUUUCGAUUUCGAAAGACAGCGCAAGCUCAAGUCGAAUCGAUAUCUGCUUCGAAACUCGAAGAACACAAGAGUUCGGCCAAAAUUGAAAACUGUUACGAGAAAAGAAUAAAUAGAAAUAGACGAGGAGCUGAUGGUGAAGAUGGUAACGUGAAGAGGCGGCAAAAUCAAAGGGCAGUAUAAAAUCGAGGCGAAGAAGUAGAGAAUCGCUGAACGAUGGAAAUAAGCUCGAUAUCGACGACUAUCGCUUCCGGUUACUACGAUGCUGGCAAGUCCGCGCUGAACUUCAGCAACAACGGCAGCAGCGAGGAGCCACAAGAGUGCAAUCAAGGUAUCAACACUAACGGGCUGUCUGACUUCAUUGUCUACGGCCUGCUCGUCAACCUGAUCGGUCUCUUCGGGAUUCUCGGCAAUACAAUCUCGAUGAUUAUUCUGUCGAGGCCGCAGAUGAAGUCGUCCAUCAAUUAUCUGCUAAUUGGACUGGCCAGAUGCGACACGGUGCUGAUCAUUAUCGCGGUAUUAAUCUACGGACUGCCGUCGAUCUACACGUACACGGACUUACUGUUCGACUAUAAGUUCAUUAUCUAUCCGAAGAUCAUCAGAUAUUUGUACCCGCUGUCCUGCAUAGCGCAAUUCGUAACGGUGUACCUUACAUUGACGGUAACUUUGGAGAGAUACAUCGCGGUCUGCCAUCCGCUGAAAGCCAGAUCCUUCUGCACUUAUGGACGGGCUCAAUUAGCAGUGGUGGUUAUAGUGAUCUUCGCCUGGAUUUACAAUCUACCCAAAUUCUGGGAGAUCGAAGUGUACACCGAGUGGCAUUGGAAAUACAAUGUCACAGUGUACUGCAUUUCGCCGACCGAAUUGAGAAGCAACGAGUACUACGUUACUCUGUACAUUCACUGGAUGUACUUCUUCGUAUACUACAUGUUUCCGUUUAUCGCGCUCGUGAUUUUCAACAUGGCCAUUUAUCGACGGGUCAGAAAAGCGAAUAGAGACCUGCAGCAGUUAUCGCGUCAUCAGCGUCGUGAGAUCGGCCUGGCGACGAUGUUGCUGUGCGUGGUGGUCGUGUUUCUGAUCUGCAACGUCCUGCCGCUGGCCUCGAACGUCCACGAGACAUUCAUCGAUGAGCCGCCGCGAUGGAUGGUGCAAACCGGCAAUCUGCUGGUGACCAUCAACAGCAGCAUCAACUUCAUCAUCUACGUGAUCUUCGGCCGGAAGUUCAAGAGAAUAUUCCUCAAACUCUUCUGCUCGGCCAAACUGUUCGGGCCCGGUCGGGACAGCCCGGAAUUCCAGACUUACGACGAGUCGGUCGUCACCAACACGACGAACAUCGAGCUGAGGAAUUCGGUCAGGCAUCACGGCCACCUCCACCGCGCCAACACUAUUAGCUUCAAUAACAACGUCCACGUGUCCAACGGCGGCACCAGGCAGAGCUUGAAAAGUGGCAGCCCCUGCGUCUAUUAUCCUGCCAAGAGUCCAGCGAGAAGUCCUAGUCAAAUGUCAAGAGUGUCGAAUGGCCGAAAUAGUUGGAAGAGAGAGAACGGCGAUUCCACGCUGUAGUGAGACAGCAACCACUGUUUAUUAUUCAAUUAGAAAUCAGUCGAGUGUUCCAAUCAAAUGUCGAGGGCUUUCAUUAAUCAGAAAUAGUGAAAAGAAAAAUCCAGCGGCGGUGGAUAACGAGUAUUAAUAUUUUUUAUAUCUGUUAUUCCGCCAGAAAAUUAGCUGCUUUGGUUAUCGAAAAACCUUGACUGAUGAAAUAAAAAGAAAAAUAAGUUUUACAUUGUAAUCUAUGAUACCCAAUCAAUAAUUCAGCUGGAGCGCUGCUUAAAAUUGAAAAAAUUGAGAAAAUUGAGAAGGAUCGAAUGAAGCGAAGGAUAAUCAGUAUUGCUUUUGUGUUUAGCAUUUUUCAGAAUUAUUUAUCAUUGGAACAUCGUUUGAUUAAAACUGAAACGGGAAGAAAUUCAGAAGAAAUGAAGCGUGAAAUAGAUGGACUAUUUCGUGUUACAAUAGAUACGAUUGAUGUGGCUCUUCAUUUUUAUUAUCCAAUCUAGAAUCCCACCGAGAAUUCUAGUUCAGAAAUUUGAAACAUCCAUAAACCGAAAAAAGGAUUGUGCAAAAAAAAUGAUCGUUUUGCGAUGCGCAAUAUAUAUAAUUGAUGUUAAUAUUUUCCGCGUAUAUCCUUCGUCUCGAAAUCAUCUUAGUGAAAUGUCCAGGACAUCCAGCGGUCAGAAUGGAUGGAACGAUAAAUGGAAGAGACGGCGAUUCCGCGCUACGGUGGAUAGUCGAUAUUAUUGUUCCCUCGGGAAGUGCUCAGACCAAUCCUCCCGCUCGUACUCAGACGUUGCAAUCCCGCGGGACGGCACGACUACGAUAUAAGAAAAAAGAUCGUUAAGGAUAACAAUCCCUGCGCAUAGCCCGCCGCGGACGAGUUUAGAAAGACUGCGUUUCUUGCAGCGAUGACUUUUCAGGUGAUUCCGCAAAAAUUCCAUAUUGCUUCAAAGCGAUCUAGGCGAACGAUAAAGAAAGAAACUCUUGGUGCCGCGCUUUGAACAGACACUUGAUCAGAAUUCUGCUGAUCGCUCGUAUAUAAUGCUUCCGUCGUCCGCGAUUAUAAGUUUGUUUUUUUUUUCACUGUCAAUCAAAGAUAUAUAUAGCGACUUUAACUUAAUUAAUAGAUUAAGCAUAAUAAGAGACUCCUCUUCUUCAUGACAUAAGACUGGUAUUGAAUCUUUCAAGCAGAAUAUCAUAUGCUUGGAAACUCCGUUGCAAUGAUGUGAAUAGCUCAUUAAAAGCGCACAGUUCUCAAUUUUAUUGGAAUAAUAUAUUGCAAACAAGACGACAUUACAAAUUUAAAUAUCCUUUUCUUCGACAGGAAAAUCGUGUUUUUUAUCUCAUAAAUUUCUAAUUUUUAUUAAAUAUCUUGACAAUUUUAAUCUUAUAUUAAAGCUAAAAUCUAAAUUAAUCGAAGACCAAAAUCUUGUUAUUUAUCAACCACAUAGAAUUUGAAUACGGAAAAUUUUGAAUCUUGUACUAAUCCGUACAUGUCGCCUUGAAAGCAACUAUUAUUUCAUCUAAUUUAAUUCUUCCGCUAUUCAAUAUUUAAAGGACGAUCUUUCCGCUCUGAAACGUUCUGUAUGUUUUAUGAGAACUCGAGACUUUCAGUUACUAUGUUAAGAAAUCUCGUAAACGAGAUAAGCUAGCGAAGGUUGCAAGACUGAAAGUUGCAUUGGAGAAGUGUUAAGAGAAGAGAAGUUAAAAAAUAAUCCACCAACUCGGACCAGCAAGGAAGUUCUGCAAACUUCCGGCGACUCGGUCACGUACUUAACUCUCUCCAGGAAAUAAAUUGGAUUUCGCCAAAGUCAGAAACCAACAGUGCGACAUUUUCCUCGGAAGAACUUUUGUCCCAGCCGUAGAGGAAUCUUGUGUCCUGCAUCCUCAAACUAUUGCACUUACGUAUUGAUCACUCUCAAGCGAUAUAUUCAUCGAUCGACCAAGAGAGUUUCCAUUACCGCUACUGCAAAAUCGAUAAAACAGCCGCUUCGAGCCUUACUUUGAAGAGAGGCCCCGAUCUUUUCCAGAUAUAGUAGAAAUAUUAAAGAUGUCAUUAAUCUUUCAGAUGUCUUUAAGCGUAGUCUGAGACUUGAAACGAUUUAGAUGGCUACAUUUUUUAUUAAAAACGAGGAUGAAUCGAAAAUGAAAAAAAUAAAUUCAAUUUCCUAUAUAUUUUCUGAACUUUCUGUAUUUUUCUAAAUUUCUUCCGAUGAAGUGAAAAAUCAAGAGAAUUAUACUGUACAUAUUAUCGUUAUUCAAGAGUGUAAAGUUGAAAGAAAGGACGACAUUAAGGCAAAUUGAAAAGAACAAAUGCACUGAAAAGAAAUAUAAAUACUAGUAUUAAACUCAAAAUAUAAAUGUUAGUCUUUUAAAAUUCCACGUAUAACGUGCAAUGUAAUAUUCGCACUGAAAAAGAUAUUCAUUCAUUACACACGAUUCACUGCGAUACACACACUCAAGCGAACAAAUCUAUAUUAUAUGUAUACUUUAAAAACAAAGUGAGAAUCAUUAAAAAUUAGACGUUAAUGUGUAAGAAUUGUAAAUAUAUUUCUAUUUACGAACCACCGGAUACUCAUAUGUCGACUUUAAGUACUUCUUUCCUUCUACUACGGAAAUUAUUAUAGCUUGUAUAAUAAUCUUCAUUCGAUAAGAGAAUGACAAUGUCAACUGGUGUCUGACUGUCUAAUUCGGCGUUUCUAUUGUAAUCCAGUCUUCGGAUAAUUGUAAAAUACGUUUACUUUAACACUUUCCUUGAUAUAUUCUUGCUAAAGAAAGAAGGGAAGGAGAAAUUAGAUUUAAGCACAGAGGGAAACAAAACGCUCUCGUAGAUAUACAACAAAAAGAGAUUCGUCAUUCUAGUCAUAGAAUUUCUAUCGAAACGUAUAAAUAUAUGUAUACUCAUAUACUUAAUACGUAGCGACCUGUAUAUAAAUAUUAUACGAAUCUACCAUCUUGCAAAUACAGUAUUUAAGAUAUUCUACCGCUCGUCUCGAUAUCCUUGUAAAUAUGACUUAUAUUAUUAGGAAUUGUCAAGUAAUAGUGAUCAAUAGCUGGGAGAAGGCACAAAUUCGGCUGUUCUGAACUAUUUUUACAUUUUACAAAAAUUGGAUAAAAUAAAAUUGGCAAUAAAAUUAUCUUACUUCCAAAUUCUCAAAAUAAGAAGUUAAUUUUGAAGUU